ACGCAAUUUUGCGCCAUGGCGAACUCGUGUCUUCAACUGAGCGGCUUUCUCGUCAGCUUCAUCGGCUGGCUGGGCAUUGUGGUCGCGACAUCCACAAAUGAGUGGGUGACUACGUGUAAAUAUGGUUUGAACACCUGCAAGAAGAUGGAUGAGCUGGGAGCCAGGGGACCCUGGGCAUACUGUGUCAUCUCCACAGGACUCUACCACUGUGUCUCCCUAACGCAGAUCCUGGACCUGCCAGCCUACAUCCAGACUACUCGUGCCCUGAUGAUCGUAGGUUCAAUACUGGGGCUCCCAGCUGUAGGAAUGAUCCUCAUGUCCAUGCCCUGCAUCAGCCUUGGUAAUGAACCCCAGAGCUCCAAGAACAAACGCACCAUCCUGGGAGGAUCAGGAGACGGUCCAGACCUCACUGACACUCCAGUGGCUCUCCUGACAGUCGUAACGGAUAACACUACUGAUGCGGCCCUCUUCAGCCCUGAGAGCAUCUGUAUUGUCGUGGAGGAUGAAAUACUUGCGAGUGGUUCCACAAAUCUGGCUGACUCAUUUCUCCUGCUCUUUGGAUUUAAGAUGAGACUGUUUGCCUCUUCUACCUCAGACUUGAUUCAUUGA